UCGAUUCUGAAAAUGAAAAUGCUGUCAUUGCUGGGGCAUCAUGGAUGAAUACGGAUAAUGAUCCAGGCCAAGCAAAUUAUUUUGAAAAUCAAAAUGCAGUCAUCGCUGGGGCAUCAUGGAUGAAUAUGGAUAAUAUCUCUGGAAAUAGAACCUCUACACCUGUUAAUAUUGCAUCGGGUUUCGAUAACACACAAACUGACUCAAGAGAGAAUGUUUAUUCUAUGAAUGAUGAAAGUGUGAUUGUAGCAGUUGAUAUGGAGAUAAAUGCUGGAAAUAUCAAUGAAGAAACUGUAAUUGAAUUACCAAAUGCAUGUAUAAGUUUGGACUUCAGUGAGUCCAUGACGAGUGAUAUUGUGAUCGAUGAAAGUACUAGUAUGAUUGUUAGUAGCUUAGCCGUAGAGAAUAAAAUUACAAAUAAUGAAGACAAUAUUGAUCUAAUCAGUAUGGCCAAAGAUACUAUAAGUAGCAAUUUAGGUAAAUAUGAAGUUGUAGAAACUGUAGACGUGAUCAAUAAGGCUGAUCUACCAAAUAGUAUUCAUUCCGAUGCAAAUAUUACAGUAUCUGAUAAAGCUAAUUUAAAUAAUACUAUAGAAAAUGUACCUGUUAAAAAUUGUGAUUCGUUGACUGUUGCUAAUAAUAAACUAUCUAUAAAAAAGCCUGAUCUAGUCAACGCUUUGGCAGAUAGCACAAACGUUUCUCCUCAAGUCCGCUUUGCAAAAUAUUACAAAUAGUGUAAAUCACGAGAAACCUAAAGAAGGGAUUCAAAAGUUCAUGUUUUGGCCGGAAGAUAUUUUAGAUAGCAAGGGUAAAAAAAGUCGCUCUUAUAAAAGAAGCAGAGUUCCAUCUGUUAUAUCAAGUGCUGCAUGGCAAAACAUAGUUGAGCAAGAACAAAAUGAUAAAAAAGCCAAAAUGGAAGAAGCAGUACUAAGAAAAAAAAUUAAAUUAGAAAAGCAAGAGAAAACGAAAAUUGAAAGAGAAGAAAAUAAAAAAAAGAAGGAGGAAGAAAAAAUCUUGAAAGAUCAAAAACGACUCGAGAAGGAAAAAGAGAAGCUUAUGAAGCAAGAAGCAAGGCUUAAAGCUUUAGAAGAAAAAACGCGCGUCAAAGAAGAAGCUUUGCUUCAAAUUAAAAGAAAAGCUGAUAUUAAAAACCAAAUUGAAGAAGAGCUGCAGAAAAAGUUAGAUGCCGAAAAUGAUAAACCUAUUAAUGAAUAAAAAUGUAUUUUGAAAAUAAACUUUAUUUGUUUGUAAAAUAUAUAGUUACGUUAUGUAUUUUUAUUAAGUAUAAUUUA